UUGAGGAACAAAGUUACCUGAGUGAACCAGAAGAAGCACCGGACACUAAUGAGUUCCAUGACUCUGAAGUCCACGAAGUGAACUCUAUCUGUGGUCAAAAUUACAACCGGAAGAAUGACUUGUUGGUCCACAUGAGAACUCAGUCAGGUGAGAAGCCAUAUUCUUGUGAAAGGUGUCAGAAAAGUUUCAGUAGACAGAGUAGUUUAGUGGUCCAUAUGAGAACUCACCUGGAUGAGAAGCCGUAUUCUUGUGAAAUAUGUAGAAAAUGUUUCAGUUGUCGGGGUGAUUUGUUGGUCCACAGGAGAACUCAUACUGGUGAGAAGCCAUUUUCUUGUGAAACAUGUGGUCAGAGUUUCAGCCAAAGGAGUCAUUUGUUGGCCCACAGGAGAACUCACACAGGUGAGAGGCCAUAUCAUUGUGAAACAUGUGGGAAAAAUUAUCGUCACCAGAGUCUUUUGUCGUACCACUUGAGAACUCACACGGGUGAGAAGCCGUAUGCUUGUCGAACAUGUGGAAAAACUUUCAUUCAGGGAAGUAAUCUCUUGGCCCACAUGACAAUUCACACAGGCACAAAGUCUUAUUUUUGUGAAACAUGUGGGAAAAGUUUCAGCAGAAAGAGUUAUGUGUCCGCCCACAUGAAAACUCACACAGGUGAGAAGCCUUAUUCCUGUGAAACCUGUGGUAAAAGUUAUUACCAAAAGAACGCUUUAUUGAUCCACAAGAGAACUCACACAGGUGAGAAGCCGUAUUCUUGUGAAACAUGUGGGAAAAGUUUCAGUGAAAAGUCUGGCUUGAAAAAUCACAUGAGAACUCACACAGGUGAGAAGCCGUAUUCUUGUGACGAGUGUGGAAAAUGUUUCAGUGCGAGGCGUGAUGUGGUGGUCCACAUGAGAAUUCACACAGGUGAGAAGCCGUAUUCAUGUAAAACAUGUGGGAAGAGCUUUACUCAUCGUUCUUCAUUGGUGUAUCACAUGAAAUCUCACGAAGAAAUCAAGUCAUGAAGGACUCGUGGGAGGUCUCAUUCACAUUGGUGUUUUUGCGUGAAAAUACUUAGUGGGGCAGAGUGUGUUCAUGGGUGCAGUCAUAGCUGUGCGCAUGCGUGCAUUACAUGGACUGUGUGCAUCAGCUGUCGUGGCUAAAACAUCAUUCAACACCACUGUAAAGUGCAUGAUGGACAAAAUAUGUUUUGAGGGCUCACUUUGAACAGAAAGGUGGCGCGACGCUAGGGUUCGGUGUUGCCGGUGCUCAAGCACCAACGUGCCGUCGGCACUGACAGUCUAUCUCCUCUGAAGUGAACAAAGAUAAUUAAAGGGGACAUAUUAUGCUAUUUUCCAGUUACGCCAUACAGGUCUCAGAAGCCCGAAAGCAUAGUGUUUAAGUUUGUUCGCCCCAAAUUCAUCCUUUGUUCGGAGUUUCAGUGGUCUAAAAAGUGCCUCUAACGAGCCCUCCUCAGAACAGGCUGUUUCUGAGCCUGCUUUCCGGUAUGCACUUGAACGCAUCUGGCCACGCCCACUCU